AUGACCAUCAAUGCCCAACAAAGAGGAACUUUUCCUACCAACACAGAAGUGAAUCCAAAGGAGCAAUACAAGACCAUCACACUUAGGAGUAGAAGAGAAAUUGAGAGGUCACGAUCAAAGGAAACCAAUUCCACCUCUACAGUUGAAAACAAUGGCCAAAGCAAGAAUAAAGUUGAAGAAGAUGACGAUACACGAAGAGAGACUGACAAGCCUCCAUCAAUUUCAUUUCCUGACAAUCAUCCUAUUCUCUCUACUCCACUUCCUUAUCCUCAACAUGCCUUGGAACAAAUGCCAAAUUAUGUCAAAUUCCUGAAGGACAUCAUUUUCAAGAAGAUAAGGUUGGAGAAGUUUGAAACAGUGAAACUUUCUGAAGAAUGUAGUGCUAUUCUUCAAAAGAAGAAAUUGAGACUUGGAGAGAUAAAACAAACAACCAUUUCUUUGCAACUAGCAGAUCGAUCCAUCAAGUAUCUACAUGGAAUCAUAGAAGACGUAUUGGUAAAUGUAGAUAAAUUUAUUUUUCCUACUGAUUUUGUGGUGUUAGAUAUGGAGGAAGACCAAGAAGUCCCACUAAUUCUUGGCCAACCAUUCUUGGCUACGGGAAGAGCUUUAAUUGAUGUUCAAAAUGGUGAGUUAACAUUAAGAGUGAACAAAGAAGAGAUUAUGUUCAACAUCUACCAAGCCAUGAGAAUUCCAUAA